AUGUCAUUGCGUUAUACUAGUUGGAUGCGUGCGUGCGUGCAUGCAUGUCUUCCUGUCACUCUCAUCUCAAUGCUUGCUAUACACAAGUCCACACACAGAAAGAAAGGAAAAGAGAGAGAAAGACAAAGAGCGCCUGCCUUACUCCCCUCCCUCCUUCCUCUUACGGCUUACAACCGACUGCCAUUCCGAAAAAAGUUCGCAAUUAAAGAAGCAGCGAUGAGUACUUGCAACAAAAUGCAAUUAGUGCUCCGUUUACUGAGCUUUAACCGCCGCAUCGACAUGCACGCCGCGCGAUGCAUUGCGCUACCUUGCGCGGUCGUGUGUGACAUGUGCUCAUCAAGAUUCUUGCUGAUCACAAAUCGUAUUGGCUAUUUUGGAGGAAAGGAGAAAGGGUUGGACACCUCCUUCCCAUGCGAGAUUGGGAGAGUCGAGGCUCUUGAGGAAGAAGGAAGGGCCCUGAAGGACGAUGAGUCGGCUUCUGAAAGGCGAGGAGGGCAACAGUGUGGGUAG